AAGAGGAAAAACCUCUGGUCUCCUCUGGCAUUAUAAUUUGUUGAAUAUUCUAUGCAUAAUAACACUCGUCUUUAUUCCAUACCCCCUUUUUAAAUCAUAUGGCUACUCCAGGAAACAUGUUUAUCCUCUUCCUGCUAUUAUAAUCUCCCUCUCUCUCUCUCUCUCUCUCUCUCACAUAAUACUGAUCUUAUUCUCAAGAAAGCAAAAGAAAGUAGACAAACAAACAUCAAGCUCGCAAGGAAAAAUGGGGAGAGCUCCUUGCUGUGACAAAGCCAACGUCAAGAAAGGGCCAUGGUCACCUGAAGAAGACGCCAAGCUCAAGUCUUAUAUAGAGCAACACGGCACCGGCGGCAACUGGAUUGCUUUGCCUCAAAAGAUUGGCCUCAAGAGAUGCGGGAAGAGCUGUCGGCUUAGAUGGUUGAACUAUCUCCGCCCGAAUAUCAAGCAUGGAGGAUUCUCUGAGGAAGAAGAUAACCUAAUUUGCAGCCUCUAUAUAAGUAUUGGAAGCAGGUGGUCUAUCAUCGCAGCACAAUUACCAGGAAGGACCGAUAACGACAUAAAGAACUACUGGAACACAAGGUUGAAGAAGAAGCUCCUAGGAAAGCAGCGCAAAGAACAGCAGGCUCGCAGAGGUAAUAGCUGCCAAAAGCAAAGAAUGAGGAAAGGAAAUGAGAACUCAUCAAUGGUUUCUAGCCAUAACACAAAUAACCAAGCCCCAUACUGGCCAGAGCUCCCGGCACCUAUGGCUAUACCUUACUCAAACCAGGAACCAAGGUUCAAUGACCAUGUCUCUAUCCGAAAAGUGUUGAUCAAGCUUGGAGGAAAAUUUUCUGAUGAUCAUCAAUAUCAACAUCCAAUUCAAGACACGGCGACGAAUCUUCAUCAUCAUCAUCAUCAGUUUCUUCCUGUCAAUCUUUCCUACAGCCAUCAAGCUUAUGCACCCUCUAUUGAGAUGGUUUAUUCUUCUUCUACUGAUCCUUUAAACACUGAUACUUAUCAAUUGGCGAAUACCCAGUACGGUAUAGAUGGGACAGGCAUGACCAUGUUGCCGGGGCAAAGUGGUUUUCAAGCUGAGUUUGAGGAAAUGCUAUAUAACAACAACAAUCCACAAAGAUUAGAUGGCCUUGAGUUCUUCUAUGGAGACAUGGUGGUUAGUAAUGGAACCGAGACAACUUCUGGGGAGAGCAUGGACUGGGGUGAGAUGAGCUCUAUGAGUUAUCCUCCUAUGAUUUCCAACUAUGAAGGUCUUCUUCAACAAGGAACAAUGCUGCAAGAAAGUACUUUUGAUGAGUUGAAAUCGACAACAACGGUGUAAAUUUCUAGCAAUAGGGAAGGUGGUUUUUGAAUUUUCAGAAUAAACCCUGGUAUGUUCAUUCAGUGAUGUGUUUGUCUAAUGAGAACCUCUUUAAUUGUUUUCUUUCAUUCCGACUAUCUUAUCUUGAUGUUAAAUUAGGGGAGGUUAGGAGCUUGAGAGCCUAAAUUUAAAUCAUAGUGGAUUCAAAUUUGUCUCAAAUGAAGCAUCUUGAGUGAAGACAUGGUUGGAUAUGUGGUUUCUGCUGACUGGUCUGAAGGAUAAGUGCUGUGUUCAUGGUAGAUUAUUGUUUUUAAUAAUAAAAGUGUAUGAUUUCUAUAA